AUGAUAUCAAGUGUACUGCUUAAAAGUUUGCAACAAAGCGUCCCCGUAGUUAGGCAGGUUGCUCCAGUUCGCCUCAUCAGUAGUUCUUCUCCAUUUUCGAUCAAGAAGAUUGUUGAAUCGACCAAGGACAAUGUGACAGUAGUAGAAGUUGUCAAAUCAGAGAAGGAGUCCACUCAAAACAAUUUAUUUACGAACCCUAAUUUAUGUUCUCUAUGCACUUGUAAUCUUCCCAUUUCAUUGAGCUAUAGUGAUGUUCUUAUUUUGGAGCAGUUCAUGAGACCCGAUGGUACCGUUUUGCCCAGGCAGUUAACUGGACUAUGUAGGAAGCAGCAAUUAAAACUAGAGAGAUGCGUCAUGCAAGCACAUUGGGCUGGGCUCUUCCCAGACAGAACCAUACCCGAGUUUGACCGAGCUGGCUACAAAAGAUUCAACAGAUAUUGGAACAAUGACAUGGAUAUGUACCGUCUGAAGGAAAGAAAAGAACAAGGAACAUGGUUCUAUAUAAAACGUUAUCCGACCAAAAAUCAGCCGAUGACUCAAUUUCCUGAUGUCAUUAGCUUCGGUGCUUUGCUUUUUAUAUUAUUUCAUACAUGUUAUACACAAACCAUAACUUUACCGUCUGAUCCAUGUCCAUAUGUGCAAGGGUGCUCUUGUGCCAACGAAGACACAACCCGCUUGAAAUGUGUAAAUAUCGGUCCUGAGAUCUUAUUAUCUGUACAGGCACAUUAUCCAAAGUUGCGAGAAUUGUCAGUUUUUAAUUGGGACGGUCGAUCACAUGGUCAUAUAUCGAGAAUUAGCGUGAACUCUACUUUAAAAAAUUUGGAACACUUGGAUUUAUCUAACAACUGGGUCGAAAACUUCUAUGAGUUUUGCUCAUUCAACCAUUUCUUACCAUCUUUGGAUAGCAUAAUACUCCGAAGUAAUUAUAUUAAAAUAGUCGAUGCAUGUGCCUCAAACUUACACAUUAAAAAGCUUGAUCUCUAUAGGAAUAAGCUUCAUCUGAUCAAUACGACCUUCUCAAAUGAGUUGGAGUAUUUGGAUUUGUCUUCUAACCGCCUUGCAUCGCUUCGCAAGCUCCCUAAAAAGAUCAAACAUCUCAAUGUGUCCUCAAAUCCGCUCACUGUGAUUCACCUCUCACCUUUGCAAAAUCUUGAGUUCCUUGACAUGAGCCGAACAUUAAUUGUGGAGCUACCCGCUCUAGAAGCUCCAUCUUUGGUUUCAGCAUAUGUUAACGAUACCACUUUGGAGUUUGCUGAUUUGAGCAAGUGGAGGACUCCUAAACUGAAAACGAUAUCGUUCUCUCUUUCCCCUCUUUUAGUGGGUGUGGUUGGAACGCUACCUGAUACAGUUAUGGACUUCGCCGUUACAUAUUCCAAAGUCACUUCUUUUCCCACUUCAUUUUUCUCGAGGACUAACAUAAGACGCUUGAAUGUUACUUCUAAUAACUUUGACUGCGAUCCGUGUGUAAUGAUAUGGGCGGCGAAAUUACGGAAACUUGUUAAAGAUCAAAUAACUUGCCAGAUACCAAUCAACUUCAAAAACUGUACUGUUGGUGUUUCAAAGACUCAGCCAAUCAUUGCUAGUGUGAAACACGGAAAGGUUGCAUUCAUUCCUUGUUCCACUUACGGGAACCCACCACCAACUGUGCAAUGGUGGAAAUACCGGCCGGACACUUAUUUGGGAAGUUACAACCCCAUCACUAAGGUUGUCAACCGUGAAAACAUUAAUGAAAAUAUAACUGAAAGGUUCACACUUGUGGGAAGCGGCUACUUGAGACUUGAAGGUGCUGUACGUUCAGAUGUUGAACGUUAUGUUUGCGUUGCGAAAAACAGUCAUGGAAUGGAUUGGGGGAUCGUAGAGCUUCGAUUGGAUUACUCAGAUUGGUAUUCUUUGGAUCUAUUCGAGAGUGUGUUUUGGGGAUCUUUAGCUUUUUGUAUAGUUUUGUGUGCUAUAUCUUUUUUACUCAACAUAACAUGGAUUUUAACCAGGAAGAGUAUUCUUUGGUGGAUUCAAAGAGCUGAACGAAUCUCUCGUGUAAGAAAAAUGGUUGAAGCAAUGGAAAAAUAUAGAGUACGUCAGCUGGACUCACUUCAUGACAAAUACUCCAGGAGGAUUCAGCUGGUCAGAGACAACUAUCACCAGCAGGUCGAGGCUUUGAGAGUUUCUUAUUCCUCACAAGCAGAACGUUUCCGUGAUUAUCGUGCUGCCCAAAUGGAGUCCGUAACUAGUCAUUUGGAGAACAUACGUGAUAACUACCAACAACAACUGAACAGAGUCCGAGAGUAUGGUUCGCGGCGAGCUGAGCAAUUAUGGGAGAGUUAUGAACGACAAGUCAAUAGAAUGCGUACGUUCAGUCUGCAGCAUCGUCUCAAGUUAAUGAGGCAGUACAAAGUCAAACAACGAUACCUGAAUAAGUUGCUCGAGUCCUUCCAAGACGCUCAUAGUCCGGAGGCAUUGAGGAAGCAUGAAGAAGAAGUUAGAGCUGCGUUAGAUCUUCCGGAGCCAGAAGUUCCAGAGAGACAUCCACUCUCCAGAUCAUCGUCCUUCUAUUCUCUUCCUGAGUAUGUGUUGGAUGAUAGCGGACAAUUACGGCCAAGCCCUCUAGUGCCCAACGUCAGAUUCCCCUUAGAUCCUGUGAGUCCUCCGAGUACAUGGCGUGAUAGCAUUCAAACGCCAACAACUAGUGCAGCUUCUAGAUCUGUGGAAACUGAAAGAGAUCUCUUGAAUCCUGGUCCUAACCAGGGAGGAGAUGUGUAG